AUGGUUGCCCGGCAGCGUGUGAUGGGGAGGUACGUCUGGUGGUUCUGUCUAGGACCGUUGGUGGUCAACCUGAGUCCGAGCUGCUCUGCCGUCAUCCUGGAGUCCAUCUAUUGGAAUUCUUCAAACCCCAAGUUCUCUCCUGGACAGGGGCUGGUCCUGUUCCCUCAGAUAGGGGAUAAAAUGGACAUCGUGUGUCCCCGGGUGAGGCCAGGGGUGGCGGAGAACAAGGACCCUGAGUACUACCGUGUGUACCUGGUGACCCGGGAACAACUCCACAGCUGUAGCAUCGGCCAAUCAGACACCCCGUUACUCAACUGUGACAAGCCAGACAGAGACGUGAAGUUCACCUUCAAGUUCCAGGAGUUCAGCCCUAAUCUCUGGGGCCUGGAGUUCCUCAAGGGAAGGGAAUAUUAUAUAACCUCGACCUCCACCAGCUCUCUACAGGGCCUGGACAACACUGAUGGAGGAGUGUGUAGAGCCACAUCCAUGAAGCUGGUACUGAGAGUAGGACAGAGUAAGUUAUGUUCCUCCAAACCCCUUCCUCUCCCAGAAGACACCAGGUUCCCCCCUCAGCACCCAGAGGCCCCAGACAAGGAGCCUCCCGUUAAGGACAAUGAUGUGACGAAUAACGUUGGAGACAUCGACACAGAAGGCGGAGCCUCAUCAACAGAAGGCGGAUCCAUCGGCUCUGAGGUCGGACUCUUCGUGGGCGUGGCCUGUGGUAGCGUCCUCCUCCUAUUGGUCAUCGUGGUCCUACUGAUCGUGGUGUGGCGGUACCACAGGCGCCACGCCAAGCCGGACAGAGACGUCCAACAGUCCACCUCUCUGUCCCUCAACACCCUGGCCAUGCCCAAGAGAGACAGCUACGGAGGGAGUAGCGAUGACAACCGGUCAGAGCCCAGUGACACAGCGUUUCCUCUGAGGCCCUCUGACUCCGUGUUCUGUAGGCACCACGAGAGGGUCAGUGGUGACUACAGACGUCCUGUUUAUAUGGUACAGGAGACGCCUCCACAGAGUCCUGCUAAUACAUACUACAAGGUCUGAGGGACCGGUGGGGGUCUUCUCACGGGGCCGAGGACCAAUGGAAGAUAGACUGAGGAGUUGUUCAGUCCCCAUGAGGGAGUGAUGUCGCCGCUGUGUGCUUUCUGAAGUCAGUGGGUCCUGCGGUGGGACACAUUUAGGGACGAGAACAUGUCCGUCACCUCCUCUGAAAUCCUUCACUGUGUGGAGUUUUUUGUUGUUGUUGAAAACACACUU